AUGGACCGCACAAGGUGGCAUUUCGUCUCUGACGGGGAAGGAGAAGAUAUAUUUCCAGCCAACACAGAACAAGUCGAUGUUAAAGUGGAGUUGGAUGAGAGUGAAGCUAAAUGUAGAGAUGAAAGUGCAAAUAUUUUACUUGAAACGGUUGUCCACAAUGACAAAGAAGCUUACGAAGUAUAUCGUGCUUACGCUCAUCAUAUCGGAUUUAGUGUCCAUAAACAGCACGGCACUUUCCGGCCUAACUCCAAGAAUCUUAAGACAAAAGACUUUGUUUGUGGGAGAGCAGGUUUCAAGAAAGAGUUGAAGGCCACACAAAUUGUUAAAUACAAAAGAGCGGACAUAAAAAGCGGUUGUCCGACAAUGAUUCGUUACGCAGUUGAUGUUGAAGGCAAUUGGACAGUUAAAAAAUUCAUCGAGUCUCAUAACCACUCCUUAGCAAACCCUGGUGAUAAGCAUCUCUUGCAGUCUAGUAGAAAGAUAAGCGAACUGAAUGCAGAGGUUCUCAAAUCGAUGACACAGUCAGGAAUAAGACCUAGAGAUGCGUUUAACUUUCUAGCCACAGAAGUUGAGGGAGUUAAGAAACUGGAGUGCACUAAGAUAAAUGCCUUUAAUUUCAUUCAAAGGGAGAGAAGAUGUAGAAUUGAAAAUGGUAUGUCAAUGCUUUAUUUCAACUUUUCACAUAGAGACGUGCUGAGGAUAGCAUGUUUGAGUGGGACUUCGAAAUUGAUGAGAGUGGUAGGCUAA